CGCUAUGGGAGGUCACAGGACUUACAACGGUACGCCUGAUCCCUCCCACUUCGGCUGUUGGACUCACAGUGGUCCUCCCUGGAGCAGCAGAUCCGAAGACCCGCCUCCCACCUGCGGAGAGCCAACAGCCGGAACUACAUUCCCACCCGUGUCACUUCCUUCUAACAAACAGAGCUUACGCACGUCUCUUUUGUACAACCCUUCCUUUGUUCUGACAACAGCCGUCCUGACGAGCCCAUCUCCAGAAUCAGUGCAGCUCUCAAUAACUCCCAAUGGCCAUGUUCCACGCGAGCUCGCUUCAGAAGAGACCAAAACCACGUCACCUGGUCUAAAAUUUCGACUGCUGUGUAACCACUUUUGUCUCGAUUGCAACAACGGCAAAUACUCUCUGACCCAUCUUUUCCAGAACAACGCAGUUAGGUAAUUCACCUGUCGCCAACAGCGGUUAUAUUCUUCAGGCAGGGCCGUUAAUAUAUGCGUUGCGUUGGAUCGCAAUAUCAGCAAAUCGUUAGGUGUAAGUGCCUCGCGGUCGUUGGGGUCCGAAGUUAGCGGUACAAGUGGUCUACUGUUGACGAUGCGCUCCGCUUCAAUAAGGAGAGUGUUCAGUGUCUCGUCAUCCAACGUCUGCUGCCCUGCGACAGAUAACAGGAUCCGCCUAACAGACCUAAUGAUGCGUUCCCAAAUACCACCUCUGUGACUGGCCAUCGGUGGGUUGUAGUGCCACUGCACUCCUAUACUCAGUAGCUUAUCAUUGAUCUUUGCUUGUGACCAGCUCUUCAUGGCAGUACGCAACUCAGUAGCAGCACCCACAAAAUUGCCCCCAUUAUCACUGAAUAUUUCGGCCGGGGUCCCUCUGCGGGCAACAAAUCGUUUCAGGGCCAUGAUAAAAGAGUCAGUACUCAAUGUAGGUGAGAGUUCGAUGUGUACGGCUCGUGCUUGCAUACAUGUAAAUAGGCAUCCAUAGCGCUUCUCUUGUCUCCUGGC